CGACGAGGGCGGGGACUGGAGGUAACAAAAUUGUAUUCGUACUUCCUACCUAAUAAAGCCGGUGCACCGCCCCCACCGAAUCAAAAGGGGCUACUUCGCAUAAAAUUUGAUGAAUUGAGGAUUUGAGGGGCCUUUUACAGAUUUUUACUGGUAUUUAUUCCUUCUACAGAAAAUAAAAAUUACGGAGUAUUUAGAUAGGCACCCCUCAGCAAGUUUACAAAUUUAUAUAUAUACACACCCUUCAACUUCAGUUUCUCUCUUUUCUCGAUUCCUCCAGCUAAAAGCGAAUAUUUUGGAGGAGGGGGGUUGCAAUCAUCAUAUUCAAGGACUUCCCAAUUAUUACUCAAAUUGUAAUCCUGUUUUUCUUGGAAUUUCAUCCUUGAUAAAGAAUUGGGAAUUGUUGUGUUCGCAAGGUGGACAUGGGAUCAGAAGGACCUAAGAAUAUCACAUGCCAUGUUACUGGUUUCAAGAAAUUUCAAGGAGUAUCAGAGAAUCCAACGGAAACCAUUGUUAGUAACUUGAAUGAGUAUGUUUCGAAAAAUGGCCUUCCUACUGGGGUGAAACUUGCAAGUUGCACAAUUCUUGAGACAGCCGGUGAGGGGGCGAAACCAGCUCUUUUCGAGUUGUUUGAGAGAGCUGCCCCUAAUCCUGACAAUGAAUCAGUUGUGUGGCUUCAUUUGGGAGUGAAUAGUGGUGCCCAAAAGUUUGCACUUGAACGUCAAGCGUUCAAUGAAGCAACAUUUCGCUGUUCUGAUGAGCUCGGGUGGCAACCACAGCAAGUACCAAUAGUCCCAGAUGAUGGGGAAAUAUCUAAUACGAGACAGACUACAUGCUCGGUGGAGGCUAUUCAAAGUUUGUUGAAGAAGAAAGGCUUUGAUGUAAUGAUCUCAGAUGACGCUGGUCGUUUUGUAUGUAAUUACGUGUACUAUCACUCCGCGAGGUUUGCAGAAGCCAGAGGCCACAAAUCCCUUUUCGUGCAUGUUCCCCUUUUCUCUAAGAUCGAUGAAGAAACACAGAUGCGUUUCAUUACCUCCCUCCUCGGGGCUAUAGCAGCUACCUGUUGAUACUUAUUGGCCGAAGCUAGCUCUUAUUAGAGAAGAUUUUUAAGCUAGGCUUGCAUUUAUGUUGUAUACUAGUGUGCCCAUGUUUAUGGUUACCCAUCAAAAAAAACUGUAGUAUGUGAUAACUAUUCUUUGCCUCGCUUGCGGCUUGUUAGCCAUGGAAGUAUGGAACUGAAGUUCCUCUUUUUGUUUAUCAAGAGAUUUUGCAUCAGAGUAUGUAGAAUUACGUAAAGAACCUUAAAUGUUAGUACUAUAUUUCCUCCGUUUAUUUAUAGGAGAUUUUGCAUGAAA